GCGGCCAUAUUUUUGUGGUCAAAAAUAAGAACUACUCCCAGAAUCCCUUGCUUUAGCCACUCUACUUCCCAUUUUGUGACAAAUCUGCAGGAGCUGAGCUUCUGGACUGAGAUUCUCCGGAAAAGAGACUCCAUGAUGGAGAAGGAUGGAAGCCACAUGACCGAGAGGAUAUUAAACCUCACCCUGGAGAUCAUCUACCUGCUGACUGGAGAGGACUACACUGUAGUGAAGAAGUCAUCUGGAGAACAUUUCACUCUGAACCAUCAUUCCCGUGGCAUAAGCAGGAAGUUAAGGAUGAACAACAAAAAGAUCAUAGAAGUCACCAGCAACAUCAUUGAACUGCUGAUGAAAGAGGACUGGAAUCAUGUAGAGGGGCACAAGGAUUUGUACAAGGACAUCAAGAAGGAGAAUCAUCCGACCUUCACAUCAACGGAUGGUUCCAGUGACAGUAACCCACCAGAGAGAUGUCCCCGUCCUCUGUAUUCCUGGGAUUCCACACAGGAACAUCACGCCGUCCCUCGCCAAGAUCAGGGUGAAAACCUGGUUGGUAUCAAGGUGGAAAUUAUAGAGGGUGAAGAUUUGUAUUUGAGGGGCGAACAGCCAUGUUUGGAGGAGGACAUGCCAACAUUUAUUACCCCAGAUGGGCAAUACAGCCAGAUGGCCCCAGAAGAUGUGGACACGGUGCAACCUACUCAAGGAGACAACUCUGGCAUUCCAAGUUUGUUUCAUAUCGUUUCAGGCACAGGAGCAAGGCCAAGCGAGAAAAUCUACCCGUGCUCCGAAUGUGGCAAAUGCUUCACCCACAUGUCCAACCGAAUCCGACACAUGAAGAUCCACAAGGGGCUGAAGCCUUUCCCCUGCUCCGAGUGCGGGAAGUGUUUCACCCGCAAGACGCACCUCAUCGGGCACCAGAAAGUUCACACGGCGAAGAAAGCCUUCUGUCCACAGGGCGUGGACACCGUGCAACCUUCUCAAGGAGACAAACCUGCGAUCCCGAGUUCAAAACGCGUCGCCGCGCGCACGCGGGCGAGGCCGAACAACGACAAAAUCUACCCGUGCUCCGAAUGCGGCAAAGGCUUCACCCACAUGUCCAACCGGAUCCGGCACAUGAAGAUCCACAAGGGGCUGAAGCCUUUCGGCUGCUCCGAGUGCGGGAAGUGCUUCACCCGCAAGUCGCACCUCGCCGGCCACCAGAGAAUUCACACGGGGGAGAAGCCCUUCUCCUGCUCGCUGUGCGGGAAGCUCUUCAAGCACAAGUCGCACCUGGUCAUACACCACCGAACCCACACGGGGGAGAAACCUUUCGCCUGCCCGGACUGCGGCAAGUGUUUCGGGCAGCAAGCCAACCUUAUCGGGCAUCAGAAAAUUCACACCGGCGGGAAGACCUGAUCGAUUUCUGAGGGAGCUUAAAGGAUCGAGUCCACGUUAGGGGCGUGUCUACUCUGCCCAUAGGGAACUCAAGGACUCAUUAAAUGAUAAUGGUGCCAAUUCCUGCAGGGGGCAGGUGUUCAUGCCAUCACUCACUGUAACAAACGCCUCCUUCCAGUUUUCCUUUUCCCUUAUGGAAUCCGCCUUCAUUCCUAAGCAUUCCUCAAUAUUUAACUGAUCGUCAUUAACCACUUAAGCCCCGGACCAUUUUGUUGCUAAAUGCCCAGGCCAGGUUUUGCGAUUCUGCACUGCG